CAAUCAACAAAAUACAGACUCUGGAAACUACAGGUCACACAACCAGGUUUCUUCAUUAAAAUGCAAGGGAAAAAAAGAUGGAAGGGGAUCUUGUAGUUUUAAAGACUUAAAAAACAUUGGAACAGACUACCCUGAAGUGUUUAGAGAUGUGCGUAUGGUGCAAGACAGAGAAAAGGUAGUGAUGACCUUAGAGGUGUGGAUCGUGAUGGUUAUAGAGGGGCCCAUGGAGGGUUUCUGGGUGUCUGCAAAGUUCUGUGACUUGGACUGAAUGGUGGAUACAAGGAUGUUUGUCUUUUAAUAAUUUAUUAUUAAGAUUAAUUCAUUAAGCUACUCAUUUGUUUCAUAUGAUAUGUGAAUUAAUAUAUUUUUCAACUGAAAGGUUAAAAAACUGGUAAAACAUAGCUCUGCUGAUUUUUAUUUACUAACUGGAGAUUGAAAGCCCUUUAUUAUGAAGUCACACAGACAAGUUAAUCACUGUCUCCCUCCUGUUUCCCAUGAUCUCUGUGUAUUUGGGAGAUCUGGUGAAGAAUUUCAUCCAUGCAGCAGAAAAGCUUUGACCUGGAAAUACUAUGCAAAAAAAAUUCUCUACUACCUGCGACAACAGAAAAUCUUAAAUAAUCUUAAGGCUUUUCUUCAGCAGCCUGAUGACUAUGAAUCAUAUCUUGAAGGUGCUGUGUAUAUUGACCAAUACUGCAAUCCUCUCUCUGACAUCAGCCUCAAAGACAUCCAGGCCCAGAUUGACAGCAUCGUAGAGCUUGUUUGCAAAACCCUCCGGGGCAUAAACAGUAGACACCCCAGCUUGGCCUUCAAGGCAGGUGAAUCCUCCAUGAUAAUGGAAAUAGAACUCCAGAGCCAAGUGCUGGAUGCCAUGAACUAUGUCCUUUAUGACCAACUGAAGUUCAAGGGGAACCGAGUGGAUUAUUAUAAUGCCCUAAACUUAUAUAUGCACCAGGUUUUGAUCCGCAGAACAGGAAUCCCAAUCAGCAUGUCUCUUCUCUACUUAACAAUUGCCCGGCAAUUGGGGGUCCCACUGGAACCUGUCAACUUCCCGAGUCACUUCUUACUAAGGUGGUGUCAAGGAGCAGAAGGGGUGACCCUGGACAUCUUUGACUACGUCUACAUAGAUGCUUUUGGGAAAGGCAAACAGCUGACAGUGAAGGAAUGUGAAUACUUGAUCGGCCAGCACGUGACAGCAGCGUUGUAUGGGGUGGUCAAUGUAAAGAAGGUCUUACAGCGAAUGGUGGGGAACCUUUUAAGCCUGGGAAAGCGGGAAGGCAUUGACCAGUCGUACCAGCUCCUGAGAGACUCACUCGAUCUGUAUCUGGCAAUGUACCCGGACCAGGUGCAGCUUCUCCUCCUUCAAGCCAGGCUCUACUUCCACCUGGGAAUCUGGCCAGAGAAGUCUUUCUGUCUUGUCUUGAAGGUGCUUGACAUCCUCCAGCACAUCCAGACCCUAGACCCGGGGCAGCACGGGGCGGUGGGCUAUCUGGUGCAGCACACGUUAGAGCACAUUGAGCGCAAGAAGGAGGAGGUGGGCGUGGAGGUGAAGCUCCGCUCCCAUGAGAAGCACAGAGAUGUCUGCUACUCCAUUGGGCUCAUUAUGAAACACAAGAGGUAUGGCUACAACUGUGUGAUCUAUGGCUGGGACCCCACCUGCAUGAUGGGACACGAGUGGAUCCGCAAUAUGAAUGUCCACAGCCUGCCUCACGGCCAUCAUCAGCCUUUCUAUAACGUGCUGGUGGAGGAUGGCUCCUGCAGAUAUGCAGCCCAAGAAAACUUGGAAUAUAAUGUGGAGCCUCAAGAAAUCUCACACCCUGAUGUCGGACGCUAUUUCUCAGAGUUUACUGGCACUCACUACAUCCCCAACGCAGAGCUAGAAAUUCGAUAUCCAGAGGACCUGGAGUCGGUCUAUGAAACAGUGCAGAAUAUUUACAGUGCAAAGAAAGAGAACGUGGAGUAAAGUCUAGUAGAGACAUUGUACCUUUCCUGCUGCUGUCUCCCAAGAGAACAGGGUUCCGGGAGAAGCCUCCAUGGACCCUCUGGAUCCCCACCCCCAGGAAGGCCACUACCCAGUAGUGCGGGUUGCCGCCUCCUCAGUUUAAAUGGUGUGCACUCUCCUCCAGCUGCAAAGACAAUGUUGCUCUCUCCGCCUACACUAGUGAAUUCAUGCAAAAGGCACUGUGUUCAGUGGCAUGGCUCGUAUGCUUGUCCUGUGGUGACAGUUUGUGACAUUCUGUCCUCAUGAGGUCUCACAGUCGGCACUCUUUUAUUUGCUUUCCAUCGUGUCUAUCUAUAUUUGUCUCCAAACAUUUCAUUUGCUAGGCAGAUGGGGUUACAUGUUUGCAAUAAUUUCUGCCUGAUUUCUCUGUGGGACAUGUGCAGUCCUCUGUCAGGAUUGUCUUCUUACCCUGAACUUAGUUGCUUCUUGAGAGGCAGAGCUGUGAGUAAGCCUGGCAUCGUCUUGAACAUGGAGACACUAUAACAAACUAACGAUAAUCUGAGUCGUUUGAGGUUUUUUUUUCUAAUAUUUGCAACAGAUUUCAGUUGUUUAUCUUUUUCUUUAUUUGAAUUGGGAGAAUUCCUCCCAUAUUCCUCUCUCGGAUCUACACUCACAUCUCUAUGAGUCACUAGUUUUCUAUUUUAUUACCUAAAAUUUUUUGAGAAAGUGCAUAAUAAUAGACUUUCUGAGUGGGUUUUUCCACAUUCGUCUGCUAUUCUUCCAUUUAACUUUAAAAUUAUUUAAAUCUACCCCAGUAUCACAGUUAGAUCUUAAAUCAGUGAUGGGUUGGUUCCUUUUAUUAUAGGAAGUGCAAUCUGGUGUUGAAACAUUUGCUCUUAGAAACCAUUCUCCAUGAUCUCCAAAGACUAAAAAAUGAAGUUUCACUUUUGUAACCAGAAAGGGGAAAUAAUCGCUCUUAAAAAUUAAAAAAGGGUAGAUUUCAUGCCUCGUCAUUCCUUAGAAUUACCUCAAGACCUUUCUGUGGUGGGGUAGAAGUAAAUAAAAUGUCUUUAAGUUUAAGAGUGUUCAAUCAGUGGGGAAGGAGAUGUGUGCUUUCUCAAGUCCAAGCACCAGGAUGAAGCCUGUUCUGAAGUUCCACGGGGGGAGUCUGGCUUCAUGCUCAGAUACCACUGGCUUUUCUUCCAUGUUCUUUGUCACCGAGUGGGAAGGUUCCAAGUCUUAUUGCAGCUCUGGGACACGCCCCACCCUUGACCUGCCAGGUCCCAAGCGAGCUAGCUAACCUUGUAGGUAAGCGGUAGACGCUGACUUCCAGAGUUAGGGCCUAGUUACUUUACUCUCUAAGUUUAGAAGAAUCCAGUUACUCUAGUGAGUGAGGCUUUAGGGGCUGCCUGUUCAUUUGCAUGUAGUAUUUUCACAUCAUAUUUGAUGACUGCCUCUUGUUUACCUUUGGAAAUCCUGGGAUGACUGAGGUUUGGGGAAGCCACCUGAGACCACUUAAUAGCAAGUGAUGACUGUUUUAAGCAGUUACUAGAGAUGGGGAUUUGGCCAGCCAGCUCCUUCCAGCCUGAAUUAGCUAUUGUCCAGUGUCCAUGUCCCUUGUCAGUCAAGUCCAAAGUCAGGUGAUAUGGACUUGCACUUGAAAUUGUGACCACUCACAAGGCCCGCCUGCCUGAGGGUGGGGGGGGUUUACACUACACUCAUUUAAAGGGGAAAAUUAGGUAACAUGGAGUGAAUACUAAUGAGAUGCAUUACUAAGAAACUGGCGCAUGCUGAAAGUUCAAUUGGUUCUCUGGUUUGAUUUUCUUUCUUCGAGUAACAUCAAAGCCAAGAAAAAUGGUUUUACCUUGACUGACCCAAUGUAAAUAUGUAUCUAGACUGUUUCUAAGUGUGUUUUCUUCAUGAAUGCUUUGUGUGGCUCCAGGAGGUCUGUGUCACCUGUGUAAGUUGGUAUUUGGGCACUUUAUAUUUUUCUAAAAAUGUGUUUUGGAUCCUGUACUCUAAUAAAUCAUAAGUUUCUUUUUAAAAUUUUUCCAAAAGUUUUCUCCAUUUUAAAAGCCCUGUUAUAAAAGUAGAACUUUCACAAUGUUAAAAUACUAAAUAUUUGGAUAUAGUAACUUCUUUUCUCUUCAAACGAAUGCCAAGAUUUUUUUGUACGAUGAUUAAUAAAUGGAACUUAUCCAGAGAAACCACACAAA